AUGUUUAGGACUUUUUUCUUGAACAAAGCGACUGCGCAACAAUUGGCUAUGUGUGUUUCACCAGUUUUACCAGAACCUGCUUUGCUUAAGGCUCACCGUACAGGUCCUCUGUGGACUGUUUUGCAAAUAGUACAGAGUGCUUUACCUGCGUUUUUUGACUGCUUUGGGGAGAGGCAUUUGAUCAGUAAAAGUGAAAUGGUGAGGAUUGAUUUCAAUAGAGAUUUACUGCAGUCAUCAUUCACAGAGAUUGUUACUUCUGUUCUUGACAAGAAGGGAACAGAAGAGGCUAUUAAGUUCUUUAAUAUGUUGCAGCCAUUGCUGAUGGAGAUUCUCUUUUUAGAAGGAUAUAGUGUUGGCUUGAAUGAUUUUGACAUUCCCAAGGCUGUUACUGAAGAUAUAAAGAAGAAGAUUCAGGACAUAUCACCUUUGCUGCUUCACUUGAGAUCAAAUUACAAUGAACUUGUAGAAUUGCAAGUGGAAAGCUACCUGAAAACUGUAAAACUGCCUAUCAUGACUCGUAUUCUAAAGUUAUCUGCUUUCAGUAAUUUGAUAGAUUCUAAAAAUGAUUCAGCUAUCAGUAAGGUUGUUCAACAACUUGGCUUUUUGGGGCUUCAACUUUAUGACCGAGGGAAGUUUUAUUCAAGGCGUUUGGUUGAGGAUAUGAGUUUCCACUUCCAAAAUAAGUAUUUUGUUAAUGGUGUUGACUAUCCUUCUGAGGCAUUUGGGUUAGUUAAGAGCUCAUUUUUUCAAGGUCUGACCCCCUAUGAAGAGUUGGUCCAUUCCAUAUCAUCCAGGGAAGUGUUGAUCCGUUCUUCUGGAGGACUUACUGAACCAGGAACUUUGUUUAAAAAUCUAACGGCCACACUUAGAGAUGUCAUUAUCUGUUAUGAUGGGACAGUGAGAAACCUCUGCAGCAAUUCUAUAAUUCAAUUUGAGUAUGGACAGGUGGACGAAAAUAGUCCUGGAAGUUCUCUUGCUGGUGAACCGGUUGGUGUAUUAGCUGCUACUGCAGUAUCAAAUCCUGCAUAUAAAGCAGUUCUUGAUUCUUCUCAGAGCAACAACUCUUCAUGGGAAUCGAUGAAGGAAAUACUUUUGUGCAAAGUUAACUUCAAGAAUGAUAUUAUUGAUCGGAGAGUUAUUCUAUAUUUGAAUGAGUGCUUUUGCGGGAAAAUGCAUUGCAAGGAGCAUGCAGCAUAUUUAGUUCAGAAUCGUUUGAAAAAAGUCACUUUAAAGGAUGUUGCUUCUGACUUCUCCAUUGAAUACCAAAGGCAUCGACAAAUACCUGAAAGUUCAGAAGCAGAUACAGGCCUUGUUGGCCACAUUCACCUUGAUAAGAUGCACUUGAAAGGACUUGACCGGAGCAUGGAUGAGAUCCUGCACUCUUGUCAAGAGGUUAUAAAUUGCUUUGGGAGAAAGAAGCACGCUCUUUCACCUUUUUUUAAGAAGAUUUAUUUGUCUUCCUGUAAAUGUUGCACACUUCAGCAACAAUGUGAUGAGAAGUGGUCUCAGCUGCCUUGCCUGCAGUUCUUCUACAAAGAUGGAAAUGGUGGUCUGCAGGGUGAUAUGAUUGAGAAAACUUUGCAGAUCAUGGCUGAAGCUAUCUGCCCAAUUUUGUUGGGGACUCUAGUUAAUGGUGACCCUCGAGUGCAUAUGGCCAACAUUAUUUGGAUUGGUUCGGAUUCAACAACUUGGGUGAGAAAUGAUGGGAAGUUCCAGAAGGGUGAGGUAGCUGUUGAGGUGGGAAUUGAGAAAGAUGUAGCCAAAAAAAGCGGUGAUGGUUGGAGGGUAGCCAUGGAUUCAUGCCUACCCGUGAUGCACUUAAUUGACACGAGGAGAUCUACACCAUAUGGUGUUCAACAAAUUCAAAAACUGCUCGGAAUUUCUUGUCCUUUUGGUCAGUCAGUUCAGCGACUGUCAACAUCUAUAAAAAUGGUUGCAAAAGGCAUGCUAAAAGAACAUCUGAUGCUUUUGGCAAAUAUAGAAAUGAACAUAACAUUCUGA